AUGAGACUCUUGGUGGCCAGACUUUCAACCUUGAUCAUCUCAUCCAUCGAACAACACUACGACAUCAACCAAAUGAAGCGCGCUCUGGUCACAUCAAGCCUCCGGGCAAAUGCAACAACAAGAACGCUUCACACAAUCGCUCUACGCGCUUCACCAAAUGCACCUGACACCACGACACCUCGGCCAAGUCAAGCUCAAUCAAGGGCGACAGAAGAGUCAAACAAAGAUGCUUCAACCACAAAGAUGACGCCUCGAAAAAAGACGAGUGCUGAACUGGAUCAGGAAUUGAGGGAGAAGUUGGAGGGUAUGUCUGGCGAUGGAGGGAGCGCGGGCGUAGAGUAUGAGAAUGGCAAGGCCGAGGGAUUGAAGAGAGGCGUCAAGUCGAAUAUGUUCCGGGUGAUAUGA